AGCACCUACCAGUGGUGGCCGGGGCCCCUCACCGGCCACAGCAGGGGCCGUUUCCAUGUCAUGGCCCCUCCUGAGAGCUCAGAGGGGGCUACCACUAGGAGGAGGGCCGGACUGGGGGGCACAUCCUUACCUAGUGUGUGAGCAAAAUCAGGAGGCCACUCCUUCUGUCUCCUGCCCACCCAGGGGCCCUGAAAUCUUGGGGGGCAGGAAUGGGGAGAAAGGAGCCAGAGGCAGGGGGUUCAUUGGGUGAAGCGCUGUGCUGGGUAUGCUCUUCACCCCUCCUGAUUCUCCAAGACCCUCUGAAGGAGGUAUCGAGAGCCCCAUUUUGCAAAUGGAGAGACUGAAAGUCAGAGAGAGAUGACUUGCCCCGGGGGGACCCCAUAUAGGGGGGAGGGACAGAUCAGAAGCCUGAGGCCAGGAAGGGACGUCACCCCGAUUGGCAGGAGUGGAGUGGACAGGGCACCCCCCUGGAGCAGUUGUCCAGGCAGGACCAGCUAAGCCAGAGGCCCGCAGGGGCACCUGCCCUCUGUCCCCGAGAGGAGGAAGGUGCUGGAGGGCAAGAAGGGCAGGAGGAGGCAUCUGGGCUGACUGGCAGCUCCCUACCCUCACUCCCUUGCCCCAGGUGACCUUUCCCCCAGAUCCCAGGGUCCAGACCCGCCCUGCCAGCUGGGAGGUGUGGAGGACAGAGGCCGCUGGGAUUGGUCAGAGCUGGUGGGGGCGUGUCCUGGUCUCGGCAGCCCCAGCCCGAGCAGGUGAAUUCCCGAGAAGGACCAGACCAGGCACCAGGGACAGCCUGGCAGCCGCUGGCCUAUCCCACCAGAACCCCGCUCUCCAGUCAUGGCCCCAGGCCUCCUCAUUUCCCAACCCUUUGGCCCUGUGGGGGCGCAGACAGCCUAAGCAGCACCACCCCAGGACUGUGCCAUGCCUCUCACCCCGGGACAGCCAGCCCCUGGCUCAGAGUCUGCGGAGAUGGUGACCCCAGCAAUGGACCUGGUGCUGGGCGCCUCAGCUUGUUGCCUGGCUUGUGUCUUCACCAACCCCCUGGAGGUGGUGAAGACGCGGCUACAGCUGCAGGGGGAGCUGCAGGCCCCGGGCACCUACCCGCAGCCCUACCGGGGCUUUGUGGCCUCCGUAGCUGCCGUGGCCCGGGCAGAUGGGCUGUGCGGCCUGCAGAAGGGGCUGGCCGCCGGCCUCCUCUACCAGGGCGUCAUGAACGGCGUCCGCUUCUACUGCUACAGCCUGGCAUGCCAGACUGGCCUCACCCAGCAGCCCGGUGGCACCCUGGUCGCGGGUGCUGUGGCUGGGGCACUGGGGGCCUUCGUGGGAAGCCCUGCUUACCUGGUCAAAACGCAGCUGCAAGCCCAGACAGUGGCUGCGAUGGCUGUAGGGCACCAGCACCACCACCAGAGCAUCCUGGGCGCCUUGGAGACCAUCUGGCGGCAGCAGGGCCUGGCGGGGCUGUGGCGGGGCGUGGGCGGGGCCGUGCCCCGAGUCAUGGUCGGCUCAGCCGCCCAGCUGGCCACCUUUGCCUCCGCCAAGGCCUGGGUACAAGAGCGACAGUGGCUCCCAGAGGACAGCUGGCUGGUGGCUCUGGCCGGAGGCAUGAUCAGCAGCAUCGCCGUGGUCGCCGUCAUGACGCCCUUCGACGUGAUCAGCACCCGGCUGUACAAUCAGCCUGUGGAUGGAGCUGGCAGGGGCCAGCUGUAUCAGGGCCUUGCUGACUGCCUGGUGAAGAUCUGGCGGCAGGAAGGCCCCCAGGCGCUCUACAAGGGCCUGGGCCCGGCCUACCUGCGCCUGGGCCCCCACACCAUCCUCAGCAUGCUGUUCUGGGAUGAGCUCCGCAACCUGGUCGGGCGGGGCCGGCACCAGGGCCCCUAGGCACGUCCUGCGCCCACACACCCCGACCGCCAGGACUCCACAGGAAGCCAGGGCCCACUCCGGGAGGGAUGGGCGCCCCUGCACUGGCCCCAGCACAGGACCCCAGCCUGGGCCCUGCUACAGGUUCGGGGAAAGUGCGGAUAAUUCAUCAGCCACGGCUCCCAGAGCCCGAGCAUCUGCCCCGAAUGACCGCCGGCUCUCGUCUCGAGAAAGUGUUCUUCCCUCUCUGUCCUGGGUCACUUCACCCCAGAGCCCGACUCAUCGAUAGGAUGACCGCUCCAGGCCUGGCCCUCCAGCGCGGCGAGCCCAGCAUGAAACCCCCUCUACUGAUGGGGACGCUGAGGCUCCGGAGGGGGUUGCAUCUUCCACCAAAACCCCCAGCCUUGCAGCGCCAGGGCCAAGGCUGGAACACAAGGCAACCCACACCGACCUGUGCCCUUGCAAGGUCACCUCCGCGCCAGGCCCCGGCGGCUGGAGUGGCCCUGAGGGGUCUCUGUCCGUCUGAGGGUGGAUGAGGGGCGGCAGCUGGGGUGCCCCGUGAGGCGGUCGCCGCCGUGUUAGGCUGCUGGGCUGCUGUGAUAUCAAGUCCCGCCAGCGGGGCGGCUCUGAUGGCCGAAAGCCCCCCUCCUAGUGCUGCGGGCGAGAUGGCCGAGGCCACCGUGUCACAGGGCUGGUUUCUUCGGAGACCUCUCUCCCGGGCUUCUCCCUGCACCCCCCGGGGUCCUCCCUCUGAUAUCCGUGUCCUAAGCUUACCCGGACACCGGGCAUACUGGAUUCCAACCCCCAGUGACCGCGCGUGAACGAAGGGACCUCCUGAAAGACCCUGCCUGCACACACAGCACCUCCGGAGCUGGGGAGGGGGCAGCGCUUCCAUAUUUGAGCGUGUGCGGGGCCACGGGUCAGCCUGUAACGUCCACGGAGUGCCUGUGGGCCAGCGGCCCAUCCUCUCCACCGUGCUCCCCUCUUGAGAGGCCCCUUGUUUACAUGAGACUCAGCCCGGGGAGGGAGGGACUCGCCCCAGGGGAGGAGCAGAGCCGGGUGUCCUCAACCCCCAGGAGGGCCUCAUCUUCACCCCAAGCGGCAGCCGCACUCCUCUGAGGCCCACACUGACCUGAGGAGGACCCCGGGGCUCCAGAACCACCUUCUCUCCACACUCCGUGCCCGAAGAGCUGCUGCCCGGGGCACCCCCACCGCACACUCCAAUAAAGCUUUCUACUUUGUUUACUUCAGUGACUCCCCUCUGCUGACAGUCUCGUCUCCCCACCUUUGGCUCCCUCGCCAGAAUCGGGGCCCAGCAGCCCUA